AUGCCACAAGUACGCAAUCCCAUCCUACCAGGUUUUAACGCCGACCCAUCGGUUCUUCGUGUCAAAGAUGAUUACUACAUCGCGACAUCGACUUUCGAGUGGUACCCAGGCGUUCAGAUCCACCACUCCAAGGACCUCGCAAACUGGGAACUGGUGACACGGCCGUUGAGCAGAAAGAGCCAGCUUGAUAUGCGAGGUAAUCCGGAUAGCUGUGGAGUGUGGGCACCGUGCUUAAGUCACGACGGCAAGAAGUUCUACUUGGUGUAUACAGACGUCAAGCGUAAGGACGGCUCUUUCAAGGAUACUCCGAACUAUAUCGUCACGGCAGAUCGCAUUGAAGGCCCAUGGUCCGAUCCGUUUUAUAUUAAUUCGUCCGGGUUCGAUCCAUCUCUAUUCCAUGACGACAAUGGCAAGAAGUGGUUUGUCAACAUGAUCCAGGACCAUCGUCGGCGCCCAAGAUCCUUCGCGGGUAUACGUUUGCAAGAGUGGGAUCCCGAAAAAGGUCGCUUGAUCGGUCCAACCAAGACGAUAUUCUACGGCACCGACUUGGAUCUGGUGGAGGGGCCCCACCUCUACAAGAGAAACGGCUGGUACUAUCUUCUCACAGCUGAAGGCGGAACAGCGUACGAGCAUGCCUGCACCAUGGCCAGAUCCCGCGAUAUCUGGGGCCCCUACGAGUUGCACCCUCAGAAGCAUAUCCUCACCUCCAAGGACGCGCCAUUCGCGGCCCUACAAAGGGCCGGUCACGGCGACAUCGUCGAGACUCCGAGCGGCAAGACCUAUCUUGUCCAUCUGACAGGCCGCCCUACGACUCAGGAUCGACGCUGCGUUCUUGGCCGCGAAACAGCAAUUCAAGAGGCCUACUGGGCAGACGACGACUGGCUUUACGUCAAAGACGGCCCCGUGCCAUCCCUCUACGUCGAUCUCCCCGCAGCCCGUGACGAUACCGCCUAUUGGGCCGAGCAAAAGUACACGUUCAGUGCUGCAGCCGGGCUGCACAAGGAUUUCCAAUGGCUGCGUACGCCGGAGCCCGAGCGAAUCUUUAGCAUCCAGAACGGCGCACUGCAUCUCACCGGGCGUGAAGCAAUUGGGAGCUGGUUUGAACAGGCUCUCGUUGCGCGGCGUCAAACGCACUUCUCUUACGACGCCGAGACGACCCUCGCGUUCUCACCUACCGACGAGCGGCAGUUCGCGGGGCUGACAGCAUACUACUGCCGCUUUAACUUUUUCUACCUGACCGUGACUUCGCACGCCGACGGACAGCGCGAGCUGCUACUUCUGACCUCGGAGGCAUCGUGGCCAGAGGGGGGACUGAACUUCCCACUCGCGGACCCUGUGCAGAUUCCGCAGGAAGGAAAGGUGAGAUUAGCGCUGCGCAUCCGCGGUAAGGCGUUGCAGUUCUCGUAUGCGCUGGAGGGUGACGACUUGGCGGACAUCGGGCCUGUGUACGAUGCGAGUAUCCUGAGCGACGAGUGCGGCGGGCACCAGGCGCAUGGUAGCUUUACGGGAGCGUUUGUGGGCGUCGCAGCGAGCGACCUCAAUGGAACAGAGUCCAAGGCUUGCUUCGACUACUUCACAUAUCGACCCGUAGAGCACGAGUCGGACCGGUAUGACACCUAA